AUGGAUCAAACUAACUUACGGCGAAAAGACACCACCAAGGGCCCGCCCAUCCGCGUCCUCUCCCUGGACGGCGGCGGCGUGCGCGGCUACUCCAUGCUCAUCAUCCUUCAAGAACUCAUGCACCGCGUAUACGUCGAGACACAUGGCAAGCCUCCAAGUAGAGAUGCCACUCCCAAACCCUGCGAUUAUUUCGACCUGAUCGGCGGCACCGGCACGGGAGGGCUCAUCGCCAUCAUGUUGGGUCGCCUUCGUAUGGACCUGGAAACUUGCAUGGAUGUUUACGUGAAAAUGACACGAAAAGUCUUCGAGACCGACAAGACAUUCGCCGGAAUUCCUUACAAACACACCCUGUUUAAGGCCUCCAAGCUGGAAGAGGCAAUAAAGUUGUGUGUCCGAGAACACACCAUUUUUGAAGACGAGGGGAACGACGGAACCGCAACAGGUGGGAGAGAAUUUCAAGAUCUUACCAGCCCGGCCAGUGUCACGAGCACCGCUGCAAUGAGGAGGUCUAUGAGCGUUCGGAGUUCCGGUUCGGUGUCGAGUCCCACCACCAUCAGGAACUCCACCGUCUCACCAUCCUUCCCAGCAUGGGGAAACGCAAAUGCAAGUCUGUAUGAUGGGCGCGAAAAUCGAACAAAGACUGCCGUCACCGCAGUGUACCAAGGGACCAACCCGCGCACCGGCUCCUCCAUCCUUCUGAGAAGUUACGAUUCAAGAAAAGAACCCCCUCCAGAAUUCAACUGCACGAUAUGGCAAGCAGGCAGAGCAACAUGCGCCGUGGGCCUGGCCUUCAAACCGAUUCAGAUUGGCCAAAGUAUCUUCAUUGAUGAAGGUGCCGGGAAAUACAAUCCCGCCGAGCAGUUGCUGGAAGAAGCAGCAGUCAACGAAUGGCCAGGCAGGGAAGUGGGUGUCUUUGUCAGUGUUGGCACUGGGAAACGCCCGGCAAACUCGGCCCCUCAGCAUCAUGAAUGGUGGGAAGAUUUCUUGGGUGGCACCAUGGGAGCGUUCGCUGAGGCUCGACGACGGCUUCUUUCCAAGAUGGAGGACUGUGAGACCGUACAUCAGGAAAUGCUCAAGACCGGACUGGCAAAACGUGGGGUUGACGCUAAUAAUUACUAUCGCCUCAAUGUGGAUGUCGGCCUGGCGGAACUGGUUGCCAUGAAUGAAUGGAGCGAACUCAAUGUUGUCACGACAAAUACAAGGAAAUACCUGAAGGAAUCGAAUACUCAGAAAAUGCUGGUUGAUGCGGCGGUGAAGAUGGCCAAAAUCGAACUGAUGAAGCGGCGACAAGAUCAGCGGACCGAUGCACACAGUCGAGAGUCCAGCUGGUCAUACAGACAGCCGAAUUUACCCUCGACGCCUCCUGUCCAUCCGGGAGCCGUGGAGCUUCCGGCAGAAGAUACAAUUCAACAGACACCACCUCAGCAUUACAGAAGACCCGGAAAUCCACCAUAUCCCGACGACGCAUCAUUCUCUUCAUCACAAGACAAAUUCGUGCUCGUUCCAGGAGAAACAACUCCACCACGAGUGUCAGCCGAUCUGCCAUACCGGAGCAGGGAUGAUAAGAUUGCGUACCAACCACCACCUCAACCUUCAACAUACAAUUCUUCAGAACCACCACCGAGACCACCAAAGACUCCGAUCAAUGAACCAGGAUAUCCCGCCCAUCAUCCUCAACAUGCGCCCUCUGCGAGACUGAAUGGAGCACCCCGGCCGCCGUACCCUGACUACGGUGAUGGACCCCCGCCAAUUGUCUCCAAGCUGAGAAAGCCUGAAUAUACUCCAAGAUGA